UUAGUUUAGGGAUUCAAAUCCAGAGGGCAGAUAAUUUUAUUCAGUGGAUGUACGAAAAUGAUGAGGUGACAUAAACUACAGAUGACAAAAGUUAGGUUAAACUUAUAGAUGAUGUUAUUUAUGUUUACUUAAAAAUGUCUGCUAUAUUCAGUUUCCAAAGUUUAUUAACAGUAACACUGUUGAUAUUAUGUACAUGUACUUACUUAAAAGGCGUAUUUCCUAGUAUUCUAGAUAAAAACAGAACUGGUAUUAUGAAGACGUUUUGGAAAUGUGCGAGAAUAGGUGAAAGAAAAUCACCUUGGAUAUCAGGAUUAUGUAUAAUAAUGGCAGUUUCAAUAUUAUUUUUUAAUUAAAGUUGUUAAUAAAUUACAGCAUUUAUAAAAAUCUUUGUAAUAUUAAUCUAUAUAAUAAUGAGUUAUUUUGUAAUGUAUUUCAUUUUUGUUACUCUAUAUCUUUUCCAACGGUAUUUUCAGAAGAAAAAUCGAAAAAAGUCUUUAUAAUCUUAGUCUGGACACCAGUUAUUUAAGCCCCUUUUACUCUACAAAAAAAUCUCUAGUCUUGAAAGAAUAUCUUUAAACUGAAACAAACCACUCAUUAUUUAAUUAAGAUUGAGUUGUUUAUUGAAUCGACAUAAUAAAGGUUUAUAUACGAGGACGUAUUGAUAUCUAGUUAGCCUAGACCAGUUCCAUGCAAAGUUACCAUAGCAACGAACAAUAACUUUAUUAAAUUAAAAGUGUCAGUGUAAAGUAUGUAUAUAAUAAAUGUAUCCAAUUAAGAGGAAAAUAUGUUGAGUAAUAAAAUAUUUUGACAUUGAAA